UAUAAGGUCAGUCUUUAGGAUAGUCUGUUUGAAAUUUGGUGUUCAGAAGUAAGAGUGCACCAGGCUUUAAACACAGUAAAUGUGGUUUAACCAAAUAAUAAAGGACAUUAGGAGGCUAGUUAGAGAAACACAGUCCCUUUUGGUUUUAGUCAACAAGUACUUUGUAAACUGAUAUUUUCUAAUAAGUAAAACUCUUUGUUUCUAUUUCAUAGAUUUGGUUAUAUAUCUGCAUAUCAGGUUUUCAUCAAAUGGAUCUCAUCUGAUAUAUUAUCUUUAAUGUUUAAAGUUGCACUGCCUUUUAAAAUUCUUUUUAGGAUGGGGAACAGCACAUCAUCAUCUUUGGGGAUGUCAGCCACUGCUCCUGUGAAUCAGAUUCAAGAAACAAUUUCUGAGAAUUGUGUGGUGAUUUUCUCAAAAACAUCUUGUGCUUACUGUACAAUGGCAAAAAAACUUUUCCGUGACAUGAAUGUUAACUAUAAAGCGGUGGAAUUGGACAUGCUUGAAUAUGGAAGCCAGUUUCAAGACGCUCUCUACAAAAUGACCGGUGAAAGAACCGUACCAAGAAUAUUUGUCAAUGGAACUUUUAUUGGAGGUGCAACUGACACUCACAGGCUUCACAAAGAAGGGAAAUUGCUUCCACUCGUUCAUCAGUGUUAUUUAAAAAAAAGUAAGAGGAGAGAAUUUUAGUGAUGUAGGUGCUCAUGAUGUUGCUAGUAAAAUGUCAGUGAUUUAAAAUGAUUAUGCCUGAUAAUGCCUUUUAAAUGUUUGAAGAUGUUUUAAAAAUGUAAAUUAUCUUUAUGAGAAAGUUCUAAAACUAAUGAGCAAUAAAUUGUGGAAAUCUUUU